UGUAUUUUCAUUGUUUCUGGUUCAUCAGUGUGGGCUGACAGAAUAAAUGGAAUCAUUCAGAGGAUGCCUGCAGCUCCUUGGAUUUCUUGGAUCAUUUUUUCUCAUCAUGUCCUUUUACAGAUGGGACAUGAACCAGCAAAACAGAGCAGAGAGGAUGCAUAACUUACAGGAAGUGAGAAAACAGCUGCUAAAAGAAACCUGUGGUCGUGACAAAGAGGCCUUUUCCGAGAGGAAAGUCAGUCUCGAAGAGAUGAGUGAGAAUGAGAUGAAGAACCUCAUUGUGGAUGACAAGCAUGGCAUCAUCUAUUGUUACAUUCCUAAGAUUGCAUGCACCAACUGGAAGAGGGUGAUGUUUGUACUGAACCAGAGCGAGCCAUAUCCUGACCCUAUGUCCCUAUCUGGUGACCUGGUUCAUAGCCCUGACAAGUUCACCCUUCUAAACAGCUUCCCAAGAGUAGAGAUGAAGGCAAAGUUGAAGCACUACACCAAGUUCCUUUUUGUACGGGACCCGUUUGUCCGUCUCAUCUCCGCCUACCGAGACAAAUUCCAGAAAUACAACGAGUAUUUCUACGACAACUUUGCCCGAGACAUCCUGCGUCUCUACGACAACCAGUCUAAUCCACCACAGACGGCGGCCGAGGCGUCAGCAUCAGGCGUGCGCAUCUCAUUUCACAACUUUAUUCAAUACCUGCUGGACCCAAAGACAGAGAAGGAACUGCCCUUUGAACCUCACUGGAGGCAGAUGCACCGUCUUUGCCACCCCUGCCACAUACAGUAUGAUUUCAUUGGCCAUCAAGAGACUCUACAGGAGGAGGCUGAACAGCUACUGAACAUCUUGAAGCUGCAGAACGACAUUAAGUUCCCUCCUUCCUAUGACAACAUUACACCUCAGGAGUCUGUGUCGGACUUUUUCAGAACAGUACCUCUAGUGGAAAGGAGGAAGCUGUACAAGCUCUAUGAGACUGACUUUAGGCUGUUUGGCUACAGAAAACCAAAUGAAUUGCUUGAUGGUUGAGAUUAAGUCAUGAUGACUUAACUUGUCUCUAUAAAAAACGUUCCCCACUCAGCCAACAAUAGAUUGUUACUUGAACAGAAAACUAUUUAAAGAGCUGGCUUUGUCAUCUAAAAGAAUUCAAAGCACUGCAGCUGCAUCAUGGCACUGGACGUGCAAUAAUUGAUCUUUAUAUUCAGUCUAUGUUUUACACCCUUUAUACGUGUGACUAACUUCACUUGUUUGGUUAAUCGCUCUGACACACUUUUGACUUGGGUGCUGUUAAUCAGUUAAAGUUCUGUAGUGUUGCAUGUACAUGUCAGUUAUUAGUAAUACAGGUAGAAGCUACUAUUUAGAGCUGAUGUUAAAAUUGGUUCAUUUAUAUUGGUUAAUAACUGAGCAAGUUAUUACUCAGUUAAUAACUCAG